GCAUUAAGUUCGCUUGUAUAUAUGCAGCUACCGUGUUAAGUUACUCUAUCUUACCUAUAGGAAAAAUACUUUUCAAAUAUUUUAUGAUGAACGAUGAAUUUGAAAAAGAGUAUCCUCAUUAUACUGAUUAUAGUUUCAUUGACGAGGACAAGUAUUAUGCACUUAUAAUACUUCACAUAAUUUUUACGUUUAUUUAUUACAUAAUAGGAGUUUCUAUUUAUGAAUUUGGUUUCAUAAUUAGUAUGAGACAUAUAUGCGGCAUUUUCGAAAUUGUUAGGAUACGUUUGCAAGAAGCCUCUACGGUUUUAGAGGAGUACGAGGCGAACUUGCUGGAUUAUACAAUUUCGAAUAUUAAAGCCUACGAACACGUAGCGAAAGCUAUAAAAUUACACAACGAAGUACUCGAAAUGGUGCCACUGAUGGAAAAAACUUAUAAGAUUUGUUGGUUCACGAUACUUUUGGCGAAUGCCUUUAUCUUCAAUGGUGGAAUAUACUUGGUUAUACUAAAUUUAUCAAACCCAUUCGUUUUGAUCAGAUAUGCUACUAUUUUUGCUGCGUUAUUCAUACAUUUUUAUGUAAUAUUUGCACAUGGCCAGAUGAUUAUCAACUCCAGUUCGUCUGUGUUCGACGCUUGUUGCAGUUGUAAAUGGUAUCUCGCUUGUCCGAAGACGAGAAAAUUGUUAUUCAUAAUGAUGUUACGAAGUUCCAGACCAGAAGUAAUAACUGGUGGAGGUUUCUUCAUCAUAUCAAUGGAAACUUACAGCAAGAUGAUGAAAGCUGGAUUCUCGUAUCUCUCUAUAUUUACAAGCCAGAUGAAGUUGAAUUAUUCAGUUGAACAUUAGGUGUGUGGAAGCAAUUUGGUUGUCUUUAUGAGUAAAGCUAGAGAUUUACAAUUUAUAUUUAAUAUUAGAAUCUAAGAUAUUUAUUAUAAUUUUCACGCUUACUGUUGUGAUGACUACAGCUAGAACUAUUUAAGUUAUAUCAAAUUGAUGUUUUAAUAUAAAUUUAGUCACAUAAAAAUCACGACAUUGCAGAUUUAUGCUGUUAAAAGUUGAACGAAUAUCGAUUCGCAAAGGUUACCGUCUAACUUUUAUUCCUUGUUACAAUAUUAAAGCCAAAUUCUGAAUGAAUUAGUUCUCGCUUAUAUCUAGGUCGUAUACGUAGAAGUAAACAUUUCCCUAAAUUUUUUAUCAAAGUAUUUAUUAUGACAAAAGUUAUUAAGUUCAAAAAAAUGAUGUAAUUUUUUGUAAAGCCAUAAUUCGAAAAGCGAUAAGAGAAACGUGGCUAGUAUUUUUUACAUGCGUGUAAGAUUUUAGACAUUUAUCAUAUAAGUGAUGAAAAUAUCUUUUUUAACAAAAUUUUUAAUAUAUAUUCUCAACAAUCGCAAGUAUCUGAAAAAUUUUCUCAAUACGAGUCACUUCUAAGCAAACAUGCAAAGCGAUACAACACGACAAUGCACAAUGGCACUAGCUCUAUUGGAAUUGAUUUGGAGUUAUAACCUACUCUUGCGUUGGAGUAUGGCAACAAGGCAAGGUCAAGAUCAUCGCCAACGAUCAAGGCCCAGAACGUCACCAUCCUAUGUUGCUUUCACGGACAAUGAGCAACUCAUUGGAGAUGCCGUUAAGAAUCAAGUGGCGAUGAAUCCCUCCAACACAGUUUUCGAUGCCAAGAGGCUUAUUGAUCGAAAGUUCGACGAUUCAAAGAUCCUGAGCACAUUCAAACCAGCAAUCACUCCAGCGUCUUUGGUGGCUUGAUGUUGCGAGUCGUUGAAGUACGCGGUCACUGUAAUCACCGCGUCUUUCACCGUUUUUCCCAAGUAUUCGGUUGAGAAAAGAAUGGGAAAAGCAUCUCGUAAUAGUUACGGAAAAUAUUAUUGUUAUUAUUAUAGUUGUUGCUUGCUUCGUAAAAUUCAUCACCUAUUGUUUUUACAGUGAAAAUUGAAAUGCACUAUAUAAAUUCACAUAUAUACA